AUGCCCAGCAGGGCAUGGAGCCUCGACACCCUUCGUUUGGGUUUGGACGCUGUGGAGCUUCAGCAAGUCAAGGAAGAGGUGCUUGAUCGUGACAUUAAGGAAGUCGAGCGCCUCCUGCAAGCGGAAAUGAAUCAGGAUGUGCAGAAGCGCCCGCUCAAGAACACGCCGAGCAAACAGCCGGAACCCAGCCCGAAUGUAGCGCCGCUGAAGAAGAGCAAGACAGCUCUGGAUUCCCCCCUGAAGCCCAUGCAUCUGAGCUUCAGCCCAGACAGCGGCAAAGCCGGGGCCGACAGGAAGGCUGCCACCGCCACUGCCUCCGCUGCAUGUGCUGAGAAUGAUCUACCGGAGACGUAUAUAGAGGGUUCGGAUGUCUACACUAUUGUGGAAGUUCCGGAGUUCGGUCCCGAUCGUACUGGUGACUCUCAUCCAUACGUCAUGCCGUGGCAUUCCGAAGCUGAUCUUCCGGAAGGUGAAAUGAGAGAGCGCCUCAAGGAGGCCCUUGGUGGAGCGGCUGUUCUCAAUCCUUACUCCGAAGAGUAUAUGUACCGGACGAAGAGCAAGGCAGCAUCCACUGAUGCCCUGUCGGAUGCAGUGUCCACCGCCACCGCUUCCUCGGAGUACGAAGCCCGCUACAAGGCCUUGCAGGACAUCUGCCGGGCCAAAGAUGCUCAAAUCGAAACGCUGCUCAAGGAGCUGGAGGAUGCGAAGGAGACGAUCCGGAAGGGCAGUGUCUCGAACACGGGUGGUGAGGUUACCGAGGAACCGGUUGAUGCUGAGGUGGCCUCGGUGGCCCCAGCGGUUGCGGUGACAGGCGCUGCUGCAAAGCAGCGAUUGCGCAGGUUGUGCGAGCGGCGGGCAGAUGGAAGGCUCCAAGUCCCCGAGGAGAUCCACGAUCAGUGGAAAGCAGGUGGAGCUUCCAGGGAGCGCCUCUUGAAGAUCUGGGUCGGUUCGGGCAUGGACAAGGACUCCUUCGUCCGCGAGGUCACCCAUGAGACCAAGAAGAGCAAAGAGCUCAAGAUUUCGGUGACGGGGGACUUCUUCACCGAGGAGGAGAUGAAGGAGGAGCUUGGCCUGCCCAAGUGUCCGGUGCUGCAUGAGUCGGGUUUAUUCUUUGAUGUGGAUGCUCAGCAGGACACCUACAAUGCGGGGAAAACGCGUUUCUGGUGUGAGCGCAAGACGACAGCCAGCAUGGAGCAGGCUCACCGCACAGAGAUCACAGAUCGAAUGACAAUGGAGGCAGAGCCGGACAUGGACGAGAAGGGCGAAAAUGUUCUGAUCCGUGACGAUUGCCACGGCUUCAACCUGUCCGACUUUGACAUCGGUGCCGGUGCCUCUGCAUCCGGCGCUGGCUCAAGCAGCGACAAUCCUGGGAUGCUAGCAGGCUCUGGGAAAGAUCCUGUUGCCCAGCUCGGUUUGCCGAAGCUCAUGGGCGGUGUCAAGCCCGAGGUGCAUCUUAUGACCUACCAGAGUUGCCUCAUGAAUCGGAUGGCCAAGCUGACUGAUUCAAGAAGCAAGCCAGAUUCCAUCCCCGUCAAAGAUCAAACCGAUGCCGUGAAGAAGCUGCUUGAGAAGAUCGAUGCCAACUUGUCGGUGAUGGAUGCUCUGCACGACCAGAUGUCCGAGAUCUAUGCAGAAGCUAGUGUGCAAGGCCAUGGGCCUGGGCAAUCUGCUGCUUUGGUCGACUUGUACCAGAAGGCAACCCGAGCGGCCAAGGCAGAGCCUUCCGUGCCAAGGGCAAAGCCGAAGGCUGGUGCUAAGGUGGCUCCCGCUAAGAAGGCGGAGGAGGCGGAAGAUCAUGAAAGGCUCCUGAGUGAGAUCGGUGCACAGUGCACAUUUGAGCUUGAGGAUCCCGCCAAACGGGUGGUCAGCCUCGCCAGAUCCAUCGAGCAGGAGGCGCCAGGCUGCCUCAGAGGCAUCAAGCUGAUGUCGAAUGUGGAUCUUUCACAUGCGGAGAUUAGGCUUCACAAGCUGGUUCGGGAGUGGGGGCUGACGCUUGACAUUCCAAUGUCUUUUAUGAGACAGGGCCUGUUUUGGGUUCCAAUUUUGCAUGUGCCGGAUUGGAUGACUUACAUGCUGCAUAAAGAACCUCGAGUGUUGGUGGGCGGCUACACUGUACGGGAUCCUGAAGUACACUGGCACCUCAGAGCCUUUUGGCACGCUUAUCGUCACGAGGACACUUCGCAUGAAGUUUAUAUGUACCACAGCGACAGACUUCAUGUUUGUAUUCCUUACUUCCUCUACCUGGACGAGGGUCGCGGAUACAGAAAAAGUCCGGUGAUGAUUGUUGCCUUCGAGAGUGUAUUGGGUGUUGCUACCAAAAGAAAUUUUGAUCUGAAGAACGCAGGCCGAAGUUCAUACACCGAUGAUGACGAGCACUUUCGAGCUUGCUUGGAUGCACAGCUGCAUACCUCAAAGGGCAGUUCACUGAUGUCCAGGUUUGCGGUUACUGCGAUCCCUCAUCAGUGGUACAGGACAACCAAGGAGAUUGACAGGUCUCAGGUGUUCCACAACACUAUCACGAAGAUCUCCGAAAAGUGCCGCGACUUAUUCUACAACGGUUGCGAAGACAAGCAUGGCCAAAAAUGGUACGGUGUUCUGAUCGGUCUCAAGGGCGAUAGCCCUGCUCUCGCCAAAGCUGGAAAACUUACGGCAAACUUUAUGAGGCUUGGCAAGGACAAGCGUAUCUGUCAUAUGUGCAUGGCGGGACUGGAUGACCUGCCAUGGGAAGACGUCUCAAAUCGUGCAUCCUGGCAAAGCACAUUGUAUGAAGAACGUCCUUGGGAUGCUGAGAAUGUUUCGGCUUUGCUUUCCAUCCCGUACGAUGCUUCAAAACCCGAAGCACUAUUCAAAAAUGACCCAUUCCACGUCGUCAAGUACGGCAUCGCGCGACACUUUACGGCAAGCUGCCUGGUGACUUUGAUUUUCUUGGACAUUUUCCCUGGGGAGCUCAACAAUGUAGAAGUGCGACUGGAGCGAGCGUAUAGUGACUUCCGAUCGGCUUGCCGCCAACUCAAGUCCAGCCCGAAUCUCAAGGGCUUUACUCGGGAAAUAAUACAUCUCAAACACAACGAUUCCUGGCCGUGGGGGGGCUACAAAGGCUCUGACUGCACUCUCAUGCUUCGUUGGCUGGUUCGCCUGCUGCGGUAUGGCCCUUGCGAUAAUCAGGGGGCGCGAACCAAGGGUCCACUCACAGCGCUUUUUGCAAGAGAUGCAGCCACACAAGGGAUUCUCGAAGCAAUGCUAGAUGGUGCUUGCUCCUGUCUUCUAUUCUUCGAGAUCAUCAACAAGUCUGGACUUUGGCUCAAUCGUCAGCAAGCUACAAAAGCAAAGCCACUCUGA